CUAACUCGAGUCCUCGCUGCAGGAGGUCGGGCUCAUCACCGUGAUGAUGAUGAUGAUGAUGCUGCUGGUGGUCUGGUGAAGCUGUUCGGUUAGCCGGGGCCAGCUCGUCACCGGAGCUACAUUUAUCACACUCUGGGUGUUCGUCACCGACGGUAGCCGGUGUUCCGGUGUUGUGCAGCGGCUGGACGGAACACAAGAUGCGGCGGUAGCUGCUGUUAACCCGCAAUGAGCCGCAGAGCAGCAGCGGACAGCGGCUAGUUCUGCUAACCAGCAACAUGACUCACACACAGUAGAGAGGAGCUGCUGUCUGCUGGACUGGAGUUAGCUGCAGUUAGCGGCUAACUCCAGCUAGUAGCAGUCCACGUCCACGGUUAGCUGCUGCUGGAGGAGGAGGAACAUGGAAGCCGAGGAGGAAGAGUGGAACAAAGACCUGAGUGCACACAAACUGCUGCUGGAUAAAAAGGUGCUCUACAAGCAGAAUGGAAGGAUCGGUAUAGUGAGAACACUCCACAGCCUGUUGAAAACCCAGAACACACUGCAGAUUCAGUCCAUCGCCCGCUCAGAAUGUGCUGGCUCCUGUCCAAAUCUGAUGAUGAGUAGGAGCGAGCACGCCGAUGCGAGGCCCGUCCCCGUGGCCCUCACCCCCCAGCUCCCCCCCAGAGCUCACCGGCCCCUCUGCAUGUCGGUCUCCUCCGACAGCAGCGGACGCUUCAGAGCUCUGGAGACGCAGGAGUGGAAGAACAACCUCAAAGCUCAGAUGGAGCAGGCCCACAGUGCCGGAGCCGCCAGCAGCACCGGAUCUCUGGAGCGAGCGUCUCUGUUCUGCGCCUCGGCGUCCACCACAGCGUCCAGCUCCGGCCUGUCCAGCCCAGUGGAGAUCCUCAACAAGAGUAAAUCCUCCAGCCGCUUCUCUCUCUUCUCUCCGCCCUGGAACAGCAGCUCCGAGUCCGACUCCAACCCGCCGUCCCGCUCGGGCUCCAAGAAGCUGCGUAACUACAGCAGGCGAGCCGCCACGGGGCCGGCCGGUGCCAGGGGCCCCGACACGCCUGAGCCCAAACCCAGCGGGCCGGAACACUUCCAGUACUCUGAACCCGUCAUCUCCAAGGUGACGGACUACAUCUAUGUGGGCAACCUGAACGCGGCGUACAACGGGCGCACUCUGUGCCGCAACAACAUUGACAGCAUCAUCGACAUGAGCAGUGUGCCCGGAGAACCGGGCCCCAGCCUCAACCUCAUACCGUGCACCUGCUCCCGCGGCGCCCGCCACAGCUGGUCCCGCCUCAAAGUGGACAUCGGAGACGUGCCGGACGCCCUGGGUGACGGCCCGGCCCUGAAGCAGCGCUGCUUCGAGGACAUCAACGAGUGCAUCGACGCCUCCACAGAGAAGAGGAAGCGCGUCCUGGUCCAUUGUCGAGAUGGUUUCUCUCUGGCGCCGACGUGCAUCAUCCAGUACCUGAUGGUGAAACAGAACAUGAGGCUGAUCGCCGCCUACGAGCUGCUGAGGGCCAAGUACCCGGUCAACAUCAGGGAGUGCCACCAAAACGUGCUGGUGAGCCUGGAGAGGGCGCUGCGGCCCGGAGGCAACGUCGACCCCGAGUGCUUCAAACAGGCCAUCUCGCGCAAAGUGGCGUGGACCUGACUCCCAACAUGCUCGGCUGCUGCUCAAGACUCUCUUUACUCCUCCACCCUCCCAUGGUAUUAGAUAUGUUCCUAAAAGGCAGCUGUACUUCCCACGUAGACUGGUCAACUGGAUAUUAUUGUCCCCACUUGAGUUCAGUGGUUGUAAAAGUUAUGAUGUAUUUCAAACCUGUAAAUGUGACCUGGCUGUGACGCCCCCCCACACCCCUCCUCUCAGAACAGGAGACGCAAUAGACUUCACUGUAAUAUAGACAGCUUCUUGGUAUAACGAUGUAAUCGUGUUGGCUGUAUAGUUGAUAUAGUCCUGCUUCAGUUCUGUGCCAUGCCGUCGUGGUGGUGUUUUAUAUCAGGGGAAUUUCUUAACGGGAGAUCUCAGGAGAUUAUUGAUGUCAUUCCAGUACAGGGUGGGAAAUUACUCAGUAGGUUAGUCUACAACCCCGUUCACACCUGGCACUCAAAUACAUCUUGGUAAGCUUUGUGUUGGAAGGGUCGCUGUUCGUCUAGAUUACACAGCAGGCAUCACUUUCAGCUCAUUGUUCAGCUGUCUGUCCACUACUUUAAUGUUUUGCUUUAAACCCGACUGUUCAGCUAGUGAACAUAGUAGAGCAUUUAGCAGCUAAAGGGACAGAUGGUAGAGAUUAGGGCUGUCAAAAUUGGCCAAAAAUGACGUUCGAAUAUUUGUUCUAAAAAAAGUAGGGCUGUCAAUUGAUUAAAACAGUUAAUUGCAAUUAAUCGCACAUUUCUUAUCUGUUCUAAAUGUACCUUAAAAGGAGAUUUGUAAAGUAUUUACUACUCUUAUCAAC